AGCGGGAGUCACAAGAGCUGGAAACUCUUCUUAGCUCAGCCAUCGACUUGGAGAUUGCUCCCUUCCAUCCUUCAGGUUGGCAGAGACAUUGAAACUCUAUGCUGCUGUAAAUCUCAAAGGGUACUUUCAACCUCCUAGGGGAGACCUUCACCAUCGUAUGUCACGGAUUCACCUUGAAUAAUUUCAACAAUCAGUUACCAACACUUGCUCUGGAUUGAUAAGCUGAGAAUGAGACUUUGGGUCUUGGCACUUCUAACAAUUCUUGCACAUUUCACAGCAGCUAAAUUUAGCAAAUCAUCCUGGGGCCUGGAAGAUGAGGCUUUAAUUGUGAGAUGUCCUAGGCAAGGAAAGUCUCGAUACCCUGUGGAUUGGUAUUACCUGAAAACCAACGAAAGUAUAACCACCCAGAAAAGAAAUCGUGUGUUGGCUGCCAGGGAACGGCUUAAGUUUCUCCCUGCCAAAGUCAAUGAUUCUGGAAUUUAUACUUGCAUUAUCAGAAGUCCCACCUCCAACAAGACUGGGUAUGUAAAUGUCACCAUCUAUAGAAAACAACCAGAUUGCAAUGUUCCAGAUCAUCUGAUUUAUUCAACAACAUCAGGAUCAGAAAAAAAUUCCAAAAUACAUUGUCCUACAAUUGACCUCUACAACUGGACAGCACCUGUUGAGUGGUUUAAGAAUUGUAAAGCUCUUCACGGACCAAGGUAUCACAUACACAAGACCUAUGUGCUGAUUGACAAUGCAACUAGCAAGGACACAGGUGAUUAUACAUGCAAAUUUAUGCACAAUGAAAAUGGAGUCAGUUAUGAUGUCACAACAACCAGAUCAUUCAUUGUGAAAGAGGAAGAAAGUGUUUCUUGGUUUCCAGUAAUUAUAGCCCCUCCACAAAAUGAAACAAAAGAAGUGGAAAUUGGAAAACCAGCAAACAUACUCUGCUCUGCUUGCUUUGGGAAAGGAUCUCUGUUCAUGGCUGGCGUCCGAUGGAAGGUGAACAGAACCACAGUUCAGAACUUUGGUGAUGCAAGAAUUCAAGAGGAACAGGAGCAAAAUCAAAGUUCUAGCAAUGAGCUGACUUGUCAGAACACGACUUUGAGAAUAGAUGAUGUGAGAGAGGAGGACCUGUCGCUGCGGUAUGAAUGUCUGGCUCAGAGUCUGCAUGGCUGGAUACGGCACACCGUGAGACUAAAGAGGAAAAGGCCAAAUGACAAGCAAAGCACCUACUACAUCCUGGCGGGAUUUAGCACCUUGUUAAUGCUAAUCAAUGCCAUGGCCAUAAUGCUGAAAGUGUUCUGGAUUGAGGUUAAUCUGCUCUGGAGAGACCUAACUAGACCUUACAAAACGAGGAAUGAUGGAAAGAUCUACGAUGCUUACGUUAUCUAUCCACGGAACUAUAAAAAUAGUCCCGAGAGGGCCAAUGCCGUGGGCCACUUUGUUCACCAGAUUCUGCCUGAAGUUCUUGAAAAUAAAUGUGGCUAUAACUUAUGCAUUUAUGGGAGAGAUCUGCUACCGGGAGAAGAUGCAGCCACUGCCGUGGAGAACAACAUACGAAAGAGCCGGCGACAGAUUUUCAUCCUGACUCCUGAUCUGGUCCACAGCAGGGAGUUUGCCUACGAGCAGGAGAUUGCCCUACACAGCGCCCUCAUCCAGAAUGACUCCAAGGUGAUCCUGAUAGAAAUGGAGGCUCUGAGCAAGCCCAGUGGACUGCAGUUUGAGGAGCUUCAGGAGUCCCUCCGGCACCUCGUGGAAGUGCAGGGUACCAUCAAGUGGAGGCAAGACCACAUGGCUGACAAACGGUCUCUGAAUUCCAAAUUCUGGAAGCACGUCAGGUACCGCAUGCCUGUGCCCAACCGACCCCUAGGGAAGACACCCAGUUUGGCUUCCCUGAGUGCCCAGGAGCAAUAGUGCUGGCUUUGGUGUGCUAGUAAGGCACCCAGCUUCCACUGACCUGAACUCCUCCUCCUGGAUGACGACACUGGACCAGACACUGGAGCAGGGGCAGGAGGAGUGGUGAUAUCUAGAGGAGGCUGGUCUCUGAUUUCAUCUACCAACUUGACUCCCAUUUUCCUGAUUCUGCGGGGAUGCAAAACACCCAGAAAUUUCUUUUCUCAACCCCUCUCUCUUCAGCCCACUUUUCCUGCCUUUUCUCCCUUUACUGAUCUUUCUCCAUGUGGCCUAGCAUUUUUUCAUUAUGCUUUUUUCCCUCUUUCUCUCUCUUUCCUGUUCUCCUUCUCCUUAUUCCUUGUCAAGACUCCACAUGUUAAACUUCAAGCUGGAAGUAUUAGAGCUAAAUGUUCAUGCAACCUUGAAGAACACUCAGAUUUCCACAAGCAGAACAGUAACAGUCCU